UUAUUAUUUUAUAAUCAUAAGGAGAAACAAAAAUGCCAUCCCAGUCGCCAUUUUGAAGGCGGAGUCUUGUAUCUGGCGUGUCGGAAGUUGGGGUCAGAGGGGAAUGCACAAAAGUAACCUGCUUGUGUAUCGUCACAUCACCCCACACUCUGUUCGUUAAAGCCUCCGAUCCGAUGCGAUCGGCCGACCGUGACCUCAUCGUGAUGUGAUGUGAAGGCAGACAUGUCUCGGAGCCGCCACCGACGCUAAUUCAUUCAAAUCUUCAACUCUUCGACUCCAUUCUUCAGGAUUGCGUGCCGGUUUCUCUCCACCGCGGUCGCAGCCUGCGUGUGUCACCCAGCCAUGGCACAGCAGGAAGAUGCUGCCAAAAAGCACCCGGCUUUAGCGGCGGCGCAUUCCCACUUCAUCGUGGGAUCGGUUUCCGAGGAGAAUUCGGAAGACGAAGUCCAAGGGAAGCCGGACGCGCAGGCGGAGGACAAGGACGGACGUUCUCUGUCACCGUCGUCCGGGAGCUCCGAUAGCACCAACGACAUUAGCUACGAGAACGUCGAUGGCUCCGUGCACAAUCUAAGGCCGAGUAUGUCUGGGCUGCACUUGAUGAAGCAAAACCGCGAUCGCCGGCGCAUCGAUCUGCAGAGGGACUUCACCGUGGCCUCUCCUGCCGAGUUCGUGACGCGUUUUGGUGGCAACAAGGUCAUUGAGAAGGUACUUAUCGCUAACAACGGAAUCGCCGCGGUCAAGUGCAUGCGCUCGAUUCGCCGCUGGGCUUAUGAGAUGUUUCGGAACGAACGGGCGAUCCGAUUUGUGGUGAUGGUGACCCCAGAGGACCUGAAGGCCAAUGCUGAAUAUAUAAAAAUGGCCGAUCAUUAUGUGCCUGUGCCGGGAGGGACUAACAAUAACAACUAUGCCAAUGUGGAGCUCAUUUUGGACAUCGCUAAACGAAUACCUGUGCAGGCCGUGUGGGCCGGAUGGGGUCACGCUUCGGAGAACCCUAAACUGCCUGAGCUGCUCCAUAAGCACGGCAUUGCUUUCAUGGGUCCUCCAAGUCAAGCAAUGUGGGCACUCGGAGACAAGAUUGCUUCGUCUAUUGUGGCCCAGACAGCCGGGAUCCCCACCUUACCUUGGAGUGGAUCAGGCCUGACCGUCGAGUGGUCCGAAGUCAAUCAAAAGAAACGAAUCAUAAAUGUUCCUCAGGACUUGUACGAGCGCGGCUGCAUCCAUCAUGUAGACGACGGCCUAAAAGCUUCCGAGAAGGUGGGCUACCCCGUGAUGGUCAAGGCCUCCGAAGGAGGGGGCGGUAAAGGCAUCCGUAAAGUCAAUUGCGCUGAUGAUUUCCCAAACCUAUUCAGACAAGUGCAAGCAGAAGUUCCAGGUUCCCCCGUGUUUGUGAUGCAGCUGGCGAAGCACGCUCGUCACUUGGAGGUCCAGAUCUUGGCAGAUCAAUACGGCAAUGCUAUUUCCUUGUUCGGCAGAGACUGCUCGGUGCAGCGCCGUCAUCAGAAAAUUAUAGAGGAGGCGCCUGCGACCAUUGCCACAUCUGAUGUCUUUGAGGACAUGGAAAAGUGCGCUGUGAAGCUGGCGAAGAUGGUGGGCUACGUGAGUGCGGGAACAGUGGAAUACCUCUUCAGUCAAGACGGCAGCUUCUACUUUCUGGAGCUCAACCCUCGCCUGCAGGUUGAACAUCCCUGCACCGAGAUGGUGGCUGAUGUCAAUUUGCCGGCCGCUCAACUGCAAAUCGCAAUGGGCAUCCCCCUUUACCGAAUCAAAGACAUCCGGAUGCUGUACGGCACGCAGCCCUGGGGUGACACUCCCAUCGAUUUUGAGGGCCUUUCCGCAGUCGCCUCCCCACGAGGACACGUCAUCGCAGCUCGCAUCACCAGUGAAAAUCCAGACGAGGGUUUCAAGCCGAGCUCCGGUACGGUCCAAGAGCUGAACUUUCGCAGCAAUAAGAACGUGUGGGGCUACUUCAGUGUAGCAGCAGCCGGUGGACUUCACGAGUUUGCCGACUCCCAGUUUGGACACUGUUUUUCUUGGGGAGAGAAUCGCGAAGAAGCCAUCUCUAACAUGGUUGUAGCUUUGAAGGAGUUGUCCAUCAGAGGAGACUUCAGGACCACAGUGGAAUACCUCAUCAAGCUACUGGAAACGGAGAGCUUUCAGCACAAUAGCAUUGACACGGGCUGGCUCGAUAGGCUCAUCUCUGAGAAGAUGCAGGCCGAGCGUCCCGACACAAUGCUGGGACUUGUGAGUGGAGCACUUCACGUGGCGGAUGUUAAUCUGAGGAACAGUGUGUCCAUUUUCCUGCAUUCUCUGGAGAGGGGUCAGGUGUUACCGGCGCACACACUUCUCAACACUGUGGACGUGGAGCUUAUCUACGAAGGAAUUAAGUACGUCGUAACCGUGACUCGGCAGUCUCCCAACUCCUACGUGCUCAUCAUGAACAACUCAACGGUGGAAGUGGAUGUCCAUCGGCUUAGCGAUGGAGGCUUAUUACUGUCCUAUGAUGGCAGCAGCUAUACUACCUACAUGAAAGAAGAGGUUGACAGGUAUCGCAUCACAAUAGGGAACAGGACUUGUGUUUUUGAGAAGGAAAAUGAUCCGUCGCUGCUGCGAUCUCCCUCGGCGGGAAAAAUCAUCCAGUACACGGUCGAAGAUGGCGGUCAUGUCUUUUCUGGACAGUGUUACGCCGAAAUUGAGGUGAUGAAGAUGGUCAUGACCCUCACGGCCGCCGAGUCGGGUUGUAUUCAUUAUGUCAAGAGGGCAGGAGCAUCGCUGGAGCCCGGUUGUGUCAUUGCCAAACUUCAACUGGACGACCCCACCCGAGUGCAACAGGCGGAGCUGCACACGGGUACCUUGCCCUCCACCCAGGCGGUGGCUCUCCGCGGAGAGAAACUACACCGAGUUUUCCACAACACGCUGGACCACCUUGUUCAUGUCAUGAGUGGCUACUGUCUUCCUGAGCCUUUCUUUAGUGCCAAGUUGAAAGAGUGGGUGGAAAGGCUGAUGAAAACCAUGCGUGACCCCUCGCUGCCACUGCUGGAGCUUCAAGACAUUAUGACCAGCGUCUCUGGUCGCAUCCCGCCUGCUGUGGAGAAAGCCAUCAAGAAGGAGAUGGCUCAGUAUGCAAGCAACAUCACCUCUGUGCUUUGCCAGUUUCCCAGUCAGCAGAUUGCAAACAUUCUCGACAGCCAUGCGGCAACUCUUAACAAGAAGUCUGAGAGAGAAGUCUUCUUCAUGAACACUCAAAGCAUUGUACAGCUGGUGCAAAAAUAUCGCAGCGGGAUUCGCGGUUACAUGAAAGCCGUGGUGAUUGAUUUGCUCAGACAAUACCUGAAAGUAGAGAUCCAGUUUCAGAAUGGGCACUAUGACAAGUGUGUUUUUGCCCUGCGUGAGGAAAACAAAGGUGACAUGGCAAAUGUGCUCAACUAUAUAUUUUCCCAUGCCCAAGUCACCAAGAAGAACCUGCUGGUAACCAUGCUGAUUGACCAAUUGUGUGGCCGGGAUCCCACACUGACAGAGGAACUGAUGGCCAUGUUGACUGAAUUUACCCAGCUUAGCAAGACAACUAAUGCGAAAGUGGCACUUCGUGCACGGCAGGUGUUGAUAGCAUCUCACCUCCCCUCUUACGAGCUCCGCCACAACCAGGUGGAGUCCAUCUUUCUAUCUGCCAUCGAUAUGUACGGUCACCAAUUCUGCAUUGAGAACCUACAGAAACUCAUCCUUUCUGAAACGUCCAUCUUUGACGUCUUGCCCAACUUCUUCUACCACAGUAAUCAGGUCGUCCGAAUGGCCGCCCUCGAGGUUUACGUGCGCCGAGCGUACAUCGCGUACGAGCUCAACAGCGUGCAGCAUCGUCAGUUGAAGGACAACACCUGCAUAGUGGAGUUCCAGUUCAUGCUUCCCACCUCACAUCCGAACAGAGGGAACAUCCCCACUCUAAACAGGAGAAUGUCUGCUCCUUCAGUCCUGGAUAUUAUGAAGGUCCAAAAUGCCUCAAAUUUGGAAUCCCUGGACAGGAUGUCGUUUUCCUCCAACCUGAACCACUACGGCAUGGUCCACAUGGCUAGCGUGAAUGACGUUUUGCUGGACACGGCCUUUACGCCGCCCUGCCAGCGAAUGGGCGCCAUGGUCUCCUUUCGCACCUUCCAGGAGUUUACCAAGAACAUCACGGAUGUGUUGAGUUGCUUCACCGACUCUCCUCCCCCAAGCCCGACCUUCCCCGAGGGAGGUAACCCCGUCCUGUAUGGCGAAGAAGACAACAAGAGCACCCAAGAGGAACCAAUCCACAUACUCAAUGUGGCUAUAAAAACCGACGGUGACAUGGACGAUGAAGCACUGGCAGCCAUGUUUCGGGAGUUUAACCAGUCCAAGAAAUCUCUACUGUUUGAACACGGAAUCCGUCGCUUGACUUUCCUCGUGGCUCAGAAGGAUUUCAGGAAGCAAAUCAACUAUGAGGUGGACCAAAGGUUUCACAGAGAAUUCCCCAAGUUUUUCACAUUCCGCGCCAGGGAUAAGUUUGUGGAAGAUCGGAUAUACCGCCACUUGGAGCCGGCUCUAGCGUUCCAGCUGGAGCUCAACCGCAUGCGCAAUUUUGCCCUGACCGCCAUUCCGUGCGCCAAUCACAAAAUGCAUCUCUAUCUGGGUGCGGCACGUGUGGAAGUGGGAGCAGAAGUUACCGAUUACCGCUUCUUUGUGCGGGCCAUUAUCCGACAUUCUGAUUUAGUGACCAAGGAGGCCUCUUUUGAGUACCUCCACAAUGAAGCUGAGCGUUUGCUUCUUGAGGCCAUGGAUGAGCUUGAAGUUGCCUUCAACAACACAACCGUGCGUACAGACUGUAACCAUAUAUUCCUCAACUUUGUGCCGACCGUCAUCAUGGACCCUUCCAAGAUCGAGGAGUCCGUACGUUCCAUGGUGAUGCGUUACGGCAGCCGACUGUGGAAACUGCGAGUCCUGCAAGCCGAACUGAAAAUCAACAUCCGUCUGACUCCCACGGGAAAGCAAAUCCCCAUUCGCUUGUUCCUCACAAACGAAUCUGGCUACUAUUUGGACAUCAGUCUGUACAAGGAGGUCACCGACUCACGAACGGGACAGGUGGGGCCCAAAAAUCGCCAGAUCAUGUUCCAGGCGUAUGGAGACAAGCAGGGUCCUUUGCACGGCAUGCUUAUCAACACGCCCUACGUCACCAAGGACCUGCUGCAGUCCAAACGCUUUCAGGCGCAGUCACUGGGCACGACCUACGUCUACGAUUUUCCAGAAAUGUUUCGGCAGGCUCUGAAAAAGUUGUGGCACUCCAGCCAAGCGCACGCUUUUCUACCCAAAUGUCCUCUUCCCUCCGAGUUGCUGACCUUCACCGAGCUGGUGUUGGAUGCCCAAGGUCAACUGGUACAGAUGAACCGACUGCCAGGUGGCAAUGAGAUCGGCAUGGUGGCGUGGCGAAUGACCCUCCGUACGCCGGAAUAUCCGGCGGGACGCGAGAUCGUCGUCAUCAGUAACGACAUCACGCACAAGAUCGGCUCCUUCGGGCCCCAGGAGGACGUUCUGUUUCUGCGGGCCUCCGAGAUGGCGCGGGAGUGUGGCGUCCCUCGUAUCUACAUCGCAGCCAACAGCGGCGCCCGCAUCGGCCUGGCCGAGGAAAUCCGACACAUGUUCCAUGUCGCCUGGCAAGACCCGGCUGACCCGUACAAGGGUUUCAAAUAUCUGUACCUUACACCUCAGGAUUAUAAGAAGGUGUCGGCCCUGAAUUCUGUACAUUGUGAACAUGUGGAGGAUGAGGGAGAAUCCAGAUACAAAAUCACUGACAUCAUUGGGAAAGAUGAAGGGCUGGGUGUGGAGAAUCUGAAAGGCUCUGGUAUGAUUGCUGGCGAAUCCUCCGCAGCUUAUGAGGAGAUCAUCACCAUGAACCUGGUGACGUGUCGAGCCAUCGGGAUCGGAGCCUAUCUGGUGAGACUCGGGCAGAGAACCAUUCAGGUGGACAACUCGCACAUUAUCCUCACUGGGGCUGGAGCUCUCAACAAGGUGCUAGGAAGAGAGGUUUACACGUCCAAUAACCAGCUGGGAGGAAUCCAAAUCAUGCACAACAACGGUGUGACCCACAGCACUGUUUGUGAUGACUUUGAGGGGGUCUUCACUCUCUUGGAGUGGCUCUCUUACAUGCCAAAGUGUAAAUUUAGUCCGGUGCCCAUUUUGAGUGCGAAGGAUCCCAUAGACAGGCCUGUUGAAUUUGUGCCAACAAAGGCACCUUAUGACCCUCGUUGGAUGCUAGCUGGCCGUCCUAACCAAAGCCCAAAGGGCUCCUGGCAGAGUGGCUUCUUUGACCACGGCUCCUUCAUGGAGAUGAUGCAGCCAUGGGCUCAGAGUGUGGUGGUGGGCAGAGCUCGACUGGGUGGGAUACCGACCGGAGUGGUUGCUGUGGAAACGAGGUCAGUGGAGCUGUCAAUCCCAGCUGAUCCGGCUAAUUUGGAUUCGGAGGCCAAGAUCAUCCAGCAGGCGGGGCAGGUGUGGUUCCCUGAUUCGGCUUUCAAAACAGCCCAAGCUAUUAAGGACCUGAACCGAGAGGGUCUGCCUCUCUUUGUGUUUGCCAACUGGAGGGGCUUCUCUGGCGGAAUGAAAGACAUGUACGACCAGGUGUUGAAGUUUGGCGCCUAUAUUGUAGACGGGCUGCGGGAGUACAAGCAGCCCGUGCUGGUCUACAUCCCUCCGCAGGCCGAGCUGCGGGGAGGCUCCUGGGUGGUCAUCGAUCCCACCAUCAACCCUCGACACAUGGAGAUGUACGCCGACAAGGACAGCCGAGGUGGAGUGCUGGAGCCCGAGGGAACAGUGGAGAUCAAAUUCAGGAGGAAAGACCUGGUGAAGACCAUGAGACGCGUGGAUCCCGUCUACAUGAGCUUGGCUGAAAGAUUGGGAACUCCAGAGUUGAGCCCUCCCGACCGUAAAGAACUGGAGACAAAGCUUAAAGAGCGCGAAGAGUUUCUGUCGCCCAUUUACCAUCAGGUGGCUGUUCAGUUUGCAGACCUCCAUGACACUCCUGGACGCAUGCAGGAGAAGGGCGUCAUCACGGAUAUCCUGGAGUGGCAGACAUCCCGCCAGUUCUUUUACUGGCGCCUGCGGCGCCUCCUAUUGGAAGAGACUGUAAAAAGAAAGAUCCAAAAAGCCAACAGCGAGCUGACUGAUGGACAAAUCCAGGCAAUGCUGCGCCGCUGGUUCGUUGAGGCCGAAGGGGCCGUCAAGGCCUAUUUGUGGGACAACAACGAAGAAGUGGUGGGAUGGCUGGAGAGACAACUCGCCGAAGAUGAGGGAGCCAGGUCGGUCAUCGACGAGAACAUCAAGUACAUCCGCCGCGAUCACAUCCUCAAGCAGAUUCGCAGCUUUGUUCAAGCUAAUCCAGAAGUAGCGAUGGAUUCCAUCGUGCACAUGACCCAGCACAUCUCACCCACGCAGAGAGCAGAGGUUGUGCGUAUAUUGUCAACGAUGGAGAGCUCGGGCUCCUCUUAGUUUCUGGAGCAAGAGCUCUCCGUUUUGGGAUCAGAACAUCCAACGUGAGUGGGAAAUACAAUAUUUGUUGGUUUAGGUCUGACAUUGGUUUUGAACUCAUUUUUGGGUGCGGAGUCCAAAACUUUUGUUCUCCAUCAUGUUUACUUAAAAAAUAUAUAAAUCACUCUACUGAGAUAUGUACGGAGGCCCUAAAAGGGUCAUCGACAGAAAUGAAAUCAAUUUAAACAAUUUGGAGCGCACUAGAAACAAUCUGGUAAAGCAUUAUAUAGCAUAUAAGCUAGCGGACUUUUGCUAUGCAAGUUAGCCAAUUGUUCUUUUGAAGUAAAACUCAACUAAAUCCUGUAUUAUCAUUUUUAGCACGCUGAAAAUGUUGGUGUCUGAUGCGCACCUAAGCGUAGCUCAAACGAUAUUUAAAAAAAAAAAAAAAAUGUAGAUCUUACAAAGAAGAAUUGGCUAACUUGCAUAGCAAAAGUCCGCUCGCUUCAAUGCUAUAUAAUGCUAAUGUUGACCAGCUAAUUUCUUGUGCGCACCACAGUUUCUAGUGCGCACUACAUAGUUUAAAUGUAUUUUAUUUCUUUCGAUGUCCCUUUAGGGGUUCUGUAGAAAAGUGCUUAUUUUGCAAAAAAAAAAAUUAAAAAGGAAAAAAAAAAGGUAUGACUGCAAUGUUUAUUUAGCACAAGUUACACUAGGCUAGUUGUAUGUAUGUAGGAACUAGCUAAGUGAAAACGCGACGUGAUAGUUUCCACACCCAAAAAUGAGUCAAAAACUGUUUUGUUUUGUUUUUUUCCCCCUCAAAUUGUUAUCAGUUAGGAAAUUUGGAUAAACUCAUUGGCUGCUAUUAAUGGCGAUAGGUAUGGGAUUUGAACUAAUAAACCGGAAUGCUGUUUUAUUCCGAUGCGUACCGCUUUCUGACAACAUAGUCAUAGUUAAGUAUUGUGAGGACAAUGCCAACAGCCUCAGUGAGAAAGGGUCUUUUAAACUACCAGCAAGGGGGCGCUUUGUUACUGAGCAGAAAAAUAGCAGGAAGGAUAGAAGCCAUUUGGACAGAAGAGCACAGCAGGGAGCAAAAGGAGGCCUUUUUCGACCCCGAUUCUCCUGCAGUGAAGACAAAACUACAGCUGUCCCUUCUGUUCAGAUGGCACGCUUCUCCACAUGCACUUUAUACUGCGUGGCCGUUUACAUCGCAUCCGGAACCAAAGCUGCUCUCAGUGUAGAUGCGGUAUCCGCGUCAUCCCGCACACCCGUGGAGGUGGACGUACUUCUGUUGUACUACUACAUGUUACUUUUUUUGGUUGCUAUUUGGCAUGCAGCGUGGAGUUCUCCGAAACAAUCGUGGAAAAUAGUUUUUUAAAGAAAUGUUUUGGUUUUGUAAUAAGAAAAUGUUUUGAGUACAUGAUGAGAUCAAACCUGUUCAAUGAUUCAUGUCACCUGUCAGCAAAUCUGUAGUCCUUUUUUAUUUAUUUUGUACUAAAUGUUGCUUAUUUUUAAUAGCAAUGUGUUCGCAAAUUGCAUAUUCCUGCUGGAUUUUUUCCCGAAAAUAAACAGGGUACAUCGUGAUAACUGUAUGACAGAAUUGAUGUGCAUACGGUAUUUUAACUCACUGGCUGCCAUUGACGUCCCGUUACCCUCAAUGGCAGCCCGUAAAUUAAUUCCCGGUAACAUUGAAAUCAGUCCUUGACAUUACUGCCUCAUUAUGGUCACGUAACAAUGUGAAAACAGCUUUUCUUCGUUUUUGACCUUUACGGACUUGUUGGCCAUUUGCUUUUUAAUAAACUGACUGUAACCUGAAAAUGUCUGUGAAAUAAUCUCAAUAAAGCUUUACCCCAUGACAUCGUUUGAGACUUUUGUUUAAAGGGAACCUGGGACUCAAAAGACUUGUAGGCUCUACAAUUGUUCUCUUUUACUAAAAUAUGUUAUUGGAAAUACAUAAAAAAUUGCCAUUGAUUUAAAAAUCUCAGACUUCAUAAUGUAUUGAUGGGGCGCGGGGCCGAUAAAUAGGGGGCCUGCAUUGUUGGCGAGGCCGUCAAAGCUGACCGAGUGGAAUCACAGAGCUUUUUUCGUUGAAAAUUCUUGUGAAUAAAUGCUUAAAUCCCCAAAUCUUUAUAGAUAUAGACGUAAAACAGUCUCGAUUUUUGGCUAAAAGAAAAAAAAAAAAAACAUGAAGUUAGCGUUUAUUUUACGUAAAUAUGUUGAAGUACAAUGCUAGUCUGUUAGUGAAUGUAGCUAGCGGCCGCCUGAUAUAAACAGCUUUUCCAGUGAAAAUUCUUGUGAAUAAAUGUUUAUAUUCGGGAAGCCCUGUCCCAACACAAGGAACACCGGAGAACGCCCGAUAUCCAACUGAUAACACGACUGAUAAGACUCCAAGAGGCCCUUUGACUCUGAGGUGGCAAAAUCCACAACCCUCAUUACCCUGACAGUAGUAACUCCCGAAUCCUCCUGUCCAAUCCACAAACGAACAAUAAUCCUAAACAAUGCCCAAACACACACUUCUUCUGCCCAUAGCCUGCCCCGCGAGAGCCUUCAAAAAGACAAUGUUUAACUAAUCGUUGCCAGUUUUUCUCGGGAACCUUUUGUUGACUUGUGAUAUGGCUACCCUGAAUCCUCGCCUGGGUCCCUCUGUGCUGUAUGAUCGCUGUCAACCUGAAUAAAUUGUCAACUUGUGCUUCGAAGUCUUUUUCCAGCUUUCAAAAUGAAGUCAGUACAAGGGGUUAAGACUAAGGUGAACACGCGGAGUUUGGCCUUUUGGCCGGGUUGUCUAAUUUCACCGGCCCAUGUCGUUGGAGCUGGGCCAGCACGGGUCCGGUGGUUCGGCUGGCGUGAUUCCGGCAAUCUGGCUAAAAGCUCAUAUUCCUUCAAUCUAAAGAAAACAAGCUGAACGCACACGGUAGUACUUUGGGUGUCAAAUUCGCCUCUUGUAGGACGUUUCGCUGGUUUUUUCCUACUCCCGUCUCAUCUCAUUCCGUCUUUCCUGUUCAUUUUGCUUUUUCUGCUCGUUUUGUGAAAUAUUGACAGUGCUGUCAUGUUCAUUAAUGUUCCUCUCGGGUUCAAAUUUAAAGGGCUGAACAGAUGACAUGUUUAUGUAGCUAGAGACAUACUCUGGAACUCUGGCAGCGUAUACCAGUGCCGUCACCGCCCUGCGACAUCAACAAUAAUGGCGACCUACUAGUUGAACUAAUUUUACAAAUUGUAUAAAAAUGAAAACAUCAAGAGGGGUUUUUAAUAUCAAAUUAUUUAAACUCAUACUAACGUUUAUCUUUUAAGAACUACAAGUCUUUCUGUGGUUCCCUUGAAGACAUCUAGUAGUCAAACAAGGCACAUGAUGAUGAUUUGAAUCACAGAAAGUUCAAUUCUUGCAGUCAGAACCGUAACCGUUACACUGGGGGGACAUUUUGUGAUUAUUUGAAAACGAUACUCUUUGCAUUCUGUAACCCAAAGACGAUUAAAGUGUCUUAACUCCCUUGCCUUUUAAACUUCAACAGUCUUAAGAAGGAUGAAACGGAUCAAACAAAUACUGAGGGAGUUAUCUCAUCCUUUUAUUUAUUUAAUUUUGUCUUAUUUCGUCGGUAUCGUCCCCUCGGCUCUGUCAACUUUGUUAUCGUCCCACCAACAAAUAUGUAAGACAAAUUGAGUCGCAUGUGCCCAAUACCCACAACAAUUACGAGCCGACCAAAAAGAAGAAAGUCAUUUGGUGCUAUAAUUGGAAAUGUGUGUCGCGUGGUCCCCCUUGUCUCCCAUAGGGUUUUGCUCAUUUGUGGUACUGCGCGCGG